AAAAUAAAGUCUAACAAGUUUCUUAAAUUCGGAUUUAAAAUAUUAUCAAAGAAAAAAACAAUUAAAAAUGAAAUUCUUGGCUCCCUUAGUCUUGUUAGUAGCCAUAUGGAUGCAAUCAUCUAACGCUGCCAGCAUAGCAUCAACAACUACAGGUUCCACAGCUCUUGGUGGUACAUCAACUGGAGAUAUUGAUACUGGAUCAAGUGGUGCUGGCUCACCUACAUCUUCCACUGAUAGCAGUGAAUCUGGUUCAAGUGGUAGCGGUGAAACUGGUAAUAGCGAUGAAGACGUCAGCGAUGUGGAGGAAGAAAAUGAAGAUAGUGAAGAACCAGAAUCCGAAGAAGUUAGCGAUAUUGAGUUGGAAGACAAUGAAGACGAGCAAUCUGUAGAAGAUGAUGAUGAUGAAAAUGAAAUCGAUGAAGAAGAACAAGAUCUAGCAAUUGAUGAAAUGGAAAACGAUAUAAAUGAAUUGGAUGCUGCUGAAGACAAUGAGGAUAGUAGUGAUGAUUUAGAAGAUGAUGAAGAUGAAUCAGUUGAAUCUAAUGAAUCUGACGAAUCUGCCUAA